AUGUCUCAGGCAGGUAAAGUCCUCCACCUCUAUGUUGAGGUGAGGUCUGUUGCUGAGGAGGAAGGGAAGGUGUCAGGAAUAAGAGAUGAUGGGACUGCUCAUCUGAUGCUUCAGUGCCCAGAUGUCCUCCCUCACUCCCAGAGAAGCUCAAGCCCCAACCGACUUCCCCCAGUCUCUCAGGACCAAACUGGGAUUGGAAGCCACAACUUAUCCCCCUCAAAGUCUUCCUCCAGGCACUCGGUCAGCUUUCAACUCCAAAACCCUGAUGCUACAGGGUCUCCCACCCGGUUCCACCGGCAGGAUGUGUUGCAUGACAGUUGCGGUCAGUUACUCCAGGUCCUUGGAACAACAGAUCCAUGCCAGCAUGGCUCAUUGGGACGCACAUGUUCCUCUGACAUGGAUCCCUACCGGGGAAGGAUGCUUAUCUCCCCAUCUUCCACAUCUUCUGGAAUGCUGACUGUACCCACCACGCCUACCAUUAACCGCAGGUCCUACAAGGUCCCAGGGGUGGGGGUUGUGGAGGGGAAGACAUCUGUGGUGACUUUUGGCUACAUAGAGAAAGCUAACGUUCACACCCACGGUACCUCUGUGCGCCAAAGUGAUUUGGGCAAUCCUCUUAACAGAUUAGAGGGGCAGCUGCUCCCUGGUCAACUCCGGAAAAGGCUGAGUGACCCCCUGUGGGACAAUGGGCAGCCAGAGCAGGGUGACCCUUACCCUCGUCACCCCUACCCGAAUGAGUCCCCACAGGGCUCGCCUAACCUGCAGAGGGCUACCCCAGAUGCAGUUGCCAGAGAUGCCACCUACAGGACCAUGGAGGAGUUUGGCUCCCCAGAACUUAGGCACAGAUUGGCUGGUUACUGCCCAGAGAAUUACAGCCCAACGCUGCCACAGCACUUGCAGUCCUCUCGCUGCCGAUCCUGGGGGGGGUCGCCUGUGCUGUCCCGUAGCACCCGCACCCUACCAUCAAAGGCCCAGCUCCUGGAGCGGGACAGGGGAAUCUGCUGUAGCUUGGUGAAUGGACUACCCAGAAGUCCUGCCUCUGACCACCUGUCUGCACACUCUGGGUUCUCCUCCCACUCAGUGGCUCCAACCUCAACUCUUCGCUCUCAUGGCUCGCCCCAGAGUCAGCAGAGGCCAUGGGUGGGCAUGGGGGACGAGAGCCCCAGGUUGUCUAGUAAAUUUCACCCACCGUUACCUGCGGGAAGACCCACAGACAUCCAGCAUGAGAUCCCAACGAGCAUGUUCUCCACCAGCACCCAUUUCAGGACAGGCUAUCAAGCUAGUCGGAAGCCCCAACACAGUGGUAAUAGUAGUUAUAGUACUAACAUCACCAACACCAGUCAUAAUGCUACAGACAGUCUACACUACAGUAAUAAUGAACACUUAUCCAACAAGACUCACUACAAGUUGUCACGCUGCAGUAGCCGAGCCAGUGAUGCAGUCAGCCCUACUUAUGGCAGGAGGAGCCUCUCCCAAUCCUUAAAUGCUAAAGUGGCUUGUAAGUUAGCUGUGGAGGCUACCAAAAUAUCCACCAUGUUUGCUGAAAGGCGAACUCCCUCUCCAACAUCCUCUCAAACUGAGUCCCUGAUGUCUGAGAGUCCCAAGAUGGGAGGGUUAUUCCUGAGAGAAUCUCAACCGUAUGCCACUCUUCAUGGGCGAAGCUCCCCUGAACCUCUACAGGCCGACCACCAAUGGAAAACAGACAAAGCAAUACCUCAAACCAGACAAGGACAUGUCUCACCGCUCUUAUCCCAGAAAGGCCCGUCUUCACCAUCAGCUCCAGCCUUGCCGGCUAGGUUGCACCGUGCAGCCACCUCUCAAUCACCAGUUUUGGACCCACGGCAUAAACAGGUUUCAUCCCCCACCAAGGACGUGUCUGCCUUGCACCGCUACCAGCCGCCACAGUACACUGGAGACCACAAAACGCCUGGUUUUGAGUGGAAGCAGUAUGAUGACCUCUUUGACAGAUCACUUAGGGACAGCCCUGAACUCUCCAGGAGAUUUCUCUCUGGCCAAAACACAGAAGCAUUGCCUGUUAGCUGGACCCCCGGGCACCAGCAGUCCACGGAGGCUGGACAAAUCCAGGAUGGGGAUGAACUCUGUGAAGAAAUCUACAGACAGUCAACCUCUAAAGAGUAUACUCCAAGCAAAGAGGAAUAUGAUAGGAAGGUCGGAGGUGACAAAGGAAUAAAGACGUCAUUGCAUGAGUAUCAGACGCCAGUUAUAAGUGUGUCCAAGGACGAUAGGGAGGAGGUUCAGGAUCACAGCGGGGCUGCUGGGAUAUCCUCUCAAAGCUCCAGUGGAGUAACGGGCAGCAUGGGAGACUCCCAGCUUGACAGAAACGACAGUCCCUCCCCCGAAACCUCGAGCCAGUCCAGCCACGAUACGGCAGACACCGGCUCAGGGAUGCAGUCGGACGGCGGCUCGGCGUCUAUAGCGACUCCGUCCUCGCGGUCGCAGAAGAUCGCCCGAGCCAAGUGGGAGUUCCUGUUUGGAGGCCAGACGGAGGAGAGCCGCUGCAGUAAAGAAGCUCCGCCCACGACGCCUCCAACCAGCGGCUCAACCAGCCCCACCCCUCCCUCCUCCCUCCAUCUGAAACCAGCCAAUCAGAGGAGGGGGCGGGACAGCAAUUCUCCAAAGUUGUCGCAUCACAAGGUGCAGCAGAUUGAGGUGGAGCUGGUGACCCACGACCCUCAAGGCUUCACCCCCAAGACGGGCAUCAUCCGCCAAACGAUCAAAUACUCCGAGACGGACCUGGACGCCGUGCCGCUGCGGUGCUACAGGGAGACCGACCUGGACGAGGUGAUGCGGGCAGAGGCCGAGGCGGAGACAGCCGAGGAGGUGGAUUCGGCAUUUGGGAGUAACCGCAGCUUCCUGGGAAACUCCAGUUUCAGCCCUGCCGACGCUUCCCCAAAACCACGCACAGGUGGGGGGAAGGUGGAAGAGGAGGAAGAGGAGGAAGAGGAAGGAGUGGUGAGCUGGGCCAGUGUCCGGAUGCUGGGAGACCGACAGAGACAAAGAGCCACUGAGGACGAGGUCUUCAGUCUGCUGCUAAAGGGGCCGUUGGCGACGUCCGACUCUCACGGCGGCCUCAAGUCUCCGAUCUCCAUCAGCAGCCCCCGCCGACCCUCCGACAGCAACCUGGACUCCUUCAGCCGCCACUUUGAGAGCAUCAUGGAGUCGCACCGGGCCAAAGGAACCUCGUACAGCAGCCUGGACAGCGUGGACCUCUUGACCUCCGGGUCCACGUCUGUGUUCACCUUCGACCUGCCCACCCUCACCCCCGAGAUCCAGAGUCAGAUCUGCGACAGCGCCAAGCAGAUCAUGGAGCUGAGCUUCGCCCCGCUGGCCCACCCGGAUCCGUCCGCCCCCUCGGAGACGUCUCUCUCCGAAAUCACCUUCAGUGCCUCGGGGGCGAGGCUCCGUGGCGGCUCCAAGGACGACCCCGGCCCUCCAGUACGAUCCAAGUCAGAGAAGGAGUCGUGGCGUUGCUCCGUCCUCAAAGACGGCUUCCGUAAGGCAAGCUCGGCCCCCUCGCUCCACAGCAGCCCGAGGGAGCGUUCGGUGAACCGCCCCCCUGAACUUCUGUACCCGCAGGCCGACGUGGCGGAGCGUCUGGCGCUGGGCGGCAGCGACGAGGCGCUGGCAAACGGCACGAAGGCCGACCUGCAGGCGGCCAAACGUCUGGCCAAGCGCCUCUACAAUCUGGACGGCUUCAGGAAGUCCGACGUGGCUCGACACCUCGGCAAGAAUAAUGACUUCAGUCAGAUGGUGGCGGAGGAAUAUCUGAGCAACUUUAACUUCAGCGGACUCACCAUCGAUCAGGCACUCAGGACGUUUCUGACUCAGUUUGCUCUGAUGGGAGAAACUCAGGAGAGAGAGAGAGUCCUCGCUCAGUUCUCCAGGAGGUACAGACAGAGUAACCCCGAGAGUCUCACCACCGAAGACAGCAUCCACACUCUGACCUGUGCCGUCAUGUUGCUGAAUACAGACCUGCAUGGAAACAACGUGGGAAAGAGGAUGUCCUGCAGUCAGUUCAUCACCAACCUCGAGGGUCUCAACAAUGGAAAAGACUUCCCCAAAGAUCUGCUGAAGACUCUCUACAGUUCCAUCAAGAACGAGAAGCUUCAAUGGACGAUGUAAGUUUCCCUCUAAUAU